GAAAGAUGGAAGCUCUGACUUUUCUCCUUUGUCUGCUUAUAACAGCUAGAACCUCUCAAGCAUCAUGUGGUGGCACUAUGACAGAUUGGAUGGGUGAAUUUUUCAGCCCUCAGUACCCUAAUCAAUAUCCAAAUGACGCACGGUGCACAUGGACCAUGCAUAGCACAGGGGCGACAACCGUGUUAUUGAGCUUCACUGAUGUUAUGUUGGAAGAAUGCUGUGAUUACAUCAGAGUAUAUGAUGGUCCUACUACCCUCUACCCCUUACUGGGAGAAAUACGGGACUAUGAGAACAAACAGUACAACUCCAGCAACAAUGAUCUGACUGUGCUUUUCUACAGCGAUGGCAGUGUAUCAAGAAAAGGAUUUCAUGCCAACUGGUUCUUUGUAGAUUCCAAUUCAUGUAAGAAUAACUGUGGAUUCUCCCUUGGCACUUGUUCAUGUGACGACUCGUGUCGGGACAACAAAAACUGCUGCUAUGACUACAAUCGCUACUGCUUACCGACAACAACAACUUGGCCAACUACAACAGAUUUACCCUCCUGCAUGUAUAACUGUGGACACGACUUCGGCAUCUGCUCAUGUGCUUAUGACUGUCAGUACUAUUACAGCUGUUGUGAAGAUUAUAACAGUUACUGCUCACAGACGACAACGACAAUGACAACAACAGAACCAACAACUACAUAUGGUAUAAUAGUAGAUGAAGGCUCCUGCGAGAAUAACUGUGGCGAAAUGCUUCCUAUUUGUGGUUGUGACGACCUUUGUCAACAAUAUGGGGACUGUUGCCCUGACUACGAAAACUACUGCUCAGCCUCAACAACAACACCACCACCAACAACAACAACACCACCACCACCACCACCACCAACAACAACAACAACACCACCAACAACAACAACAACACCACCAACAACAACAACACCACCACCACCAACAACAACAACAAUAAUAACUCCUUCAUUCUCUCCCUCCUGCAUGUAUAACUGUGGACAAGACUUCGGCAUCUGCUCAUGCGCCUAUGACUGUCAGUACUAUUGUUGUGAAGACUAUGACAGCUACUGCUCACAGACAACAACAACAAUGAUGACGACAAUGACGACGACAGAACCAACAACUAUAAUAGCAGAUGUAGCCUCCUGUGAGAAUAGCUGUGGCAUUGUGCUUCCUAUCUGUGCAUGUGACAACCUUUGUCAACAAUAUCUAGACUGUUGCCCUGACUACAACAACUACUGCUCAUCAACAACAACUCCAGUAAUGGAAACAACAGGAGGGAGACGUGCUUUCAGACAGCGUGAGAAGACUGAGGCAGCAGAGUGAUCUGAUCAUCAUCAGCAUCUUUAUUUUUAAUGUGUAUCUUUAAUCAGAUCAUAUUAUACUUCCUUAUCCUUCCUUAAUCCUUAA